GGUCUUCACACACAUGUGAACGCUGCACACAGAAAGACAGCGAAGUGUUUAUUCAGACGCGGGACGACAUAACUGACGAAAGAAAGAAAGAAAAAAGAAAGAAAAAAGAAAGAAGGAAGCUGCAGGUGAUACUAGAGCAACUAAAGUGACUGUGGUCAUCGAUGUCUCCACUAUAUUAUACAGGAUGGAUGUGACAUCACAUUCUACUGCAUCUAACGCCACUGAAGGCGGCGAAAACAAGUCGGAAAACCAGUCAGAAUGCAUCGUGAUCCAACCGACAGCCAACGGGACGCUCCCGCAUCACAGCACAGAUGAAGCUCCUCCCCCUGCCUCUCAUAGGUCAGACCCUGACAGCAGUGAUGACUGUUCGACAGAUGGCUCCUCCACCAAUGACGUCUCUCGUCUCCUGCCCGCUCAGCCCUCAUUGUCACCGUGGAAACAGAAAGGUGUGGACAGCUCAUCGUCAACACCCCCUCCCCCCGUCUGCACUCCUCCAUCUUCCUCCAUGAAAUCUCCUCCUCCUCCACCUGCCUCUCGGUCAUCCACCUCUAACAGACAUCAUCAUCAUCACCACCAUCAGAGCACCAAGCAGAAGCGUUUAUCCUCCACUAAAAGCCAAGCCUCCUCCAAGACAGACGCCACCCACAUUAAGGAGGUCGCUGGAGAUGACUGUUGCGCUCACUGUCUCCUCGCCUGUCUCUUCUGCGAGCUGCUGUCCAUGUGUUCGGCUGUGGGGGACUGUCUGGUGUGUGGAAUGGGCGGGGCCGGGUGCUGCGACGCUGCGGCUGGCGGUUGCUGCUGCUGCUGCAUGGAGGCCGCAGGGGAGGCAGCCUGCACCGAGGAGGCGUGUCAGGCAGUGUUGGAUUGUGGGAUAAUUGAAAAUUGCUGCGGCUCAUCCGACUGCUUGGAGAUCUGUUUAGAGUGCUGCUCCAUCUGCUUCCCAACAUAGAGCAGCCAAUCAGAGAAGGACUACAAAAUGAUGUCAAGGUGUGCUAAUGAUGUGGACUCCAGCACACUUCACUGACCAGGAGGCCGAUUACAGACUGCACUUAACUUUGCCACAGCUGGUUUUGUCUGGUUUGGUUCUCCAAGUCUACAGGAAAAAAAGAUUAUUUUGAGUUUUGAAAAGACACAAGUGCCUCUGAAAACACAUGAUCACCUCAGGCAUCCUACGACUCCACAGACAAUCACAGAUAAACUGACAGAAAAGCAAUCUUCAACGAUUCUGAAUAAUAGUUUAGGACAUUUGUCUGAUACCAGAAUGUUAAAUGGGAAUAUCUGACAGCUUCUCAUGACAGUAAACUCCACAUCCGAGCAUUUUGUACUGUUGAAUGACAGCCAGGUGGACUAAUCACACACCCUGCUCAUGAUUUGUCCUGUGUUACAUUGUCACAGCUCCUGGGCUUGCUUAGGUAAAUGAUUUCUAACCUUUAUCAGAGUUACAGUAGUUUUACAUUCUCUGAAUUUUGUUUUCCUGCUGAGCUGUUGAACACUGCACAAAUAAAACUGAGAGUUUCUAAAGCCAGUCCCAUCGUGUCUCUGAUUGACAGCUCAGCGGGGGGGAGCAGGGCCGGGUGGAGCAGGAAGUAACUCCUGUGGGGACAGGAAGCGGGUGUGUUUGUCAAAGCAGCGUGCCAGGACGUCCAAACAGGAAGCAGGAAAUCACUGGAGAGACAAUGGUACCUGACCUCUGACACCCGGGACAGGCCAACAUCAAAGAGAGAUACAUGCACACGUUUGUCCGUUUGUCCUAGUGAGCACUGUGAUCAACGUACCGCUUUCCCCGGCCCCUGAACCAGAACGUGGAUCUAAUCUGACCCUUUAGACAGCCUCUGGAGCUCUGACCCACACUUUUCAAAGAGUGUCCCCAUUUUCCAAAAUGUCCUCACAGCAUUUGACCCGGAUCAUUGUCCCCACAAUGGUAGUUAAACCAGAAUAAACACAUGGUAACCAAAACAUUUGUGACAUUUUCCCACAGACUGCUUCUAGAUUCAAACAUAUCAGUGUUUUUUUCACUGGUAGGUUGAUCCACAUUUGCUGCUGUCAAAUCCACAUGUUUAUAUAAAUCAGGACCUGGAGCCAGAUUUAUAUAAACAUGUGGAUUUGAGUUUAAUUAAACUCAAAUAAAUUUUAAUGUAGGUUAUAAAAUUAAAGGUUAACUGUUUUAUCUUUACUUUUUGUUUCACCUCAAACAUUCAGCAUUUUUAUAUAAGUAGGUUUUUGGCUUUGUAAUAGCCUGCUCGUAAAACUAUAAUAAUCAAGAUGCAUUAGUUUGCUUGACUAAAUGAUUUGAUGGUGAAUCAAUUUUAUAUUCUUGUGGAAAUUUGUAUUUUACAAUUCAAUUCAAUUAAAUAAAACUUUAUUGAUCCUGAAGGUUGACCCCGAAGGAACUUGGGACAUGCGUCAAUAUUAUCCAGAGCAUUUUCAGGGACAGUAAAUUUAACACAAGUCAUUUAUUUAAAUAUUUAAGGCCAGUGAACAAAUAUUCCUGCAUUUAUGAAUUUUUGAUUGCUUCUUUAUCCACAUUACACUAAAUCCCUACAGCCACUCUUGUGGGUGGUGGAACCACAGGAGAGCUGGCCUCAACUGGCCUCCAACCCACUCCACUGAGGUCUUGUGAAUCACACUUCAUCUGGAUGAGGAGGCUGAGGCAAAUCUAGGACUUGAGAGUUUAUGUAUCAUGCCUCCUAUGAUUUCCUGUGAAAUCAUUGUGCAGGGAGAAGUUUAAGUACAAUUUUACUUCCGGGACAUUUUUGUAAUGGAGGGUUUUUUUGUUUUGUUUUGUUAACAAUGCUAUUAUAGAAAUUUUACUUCAUUAAAGCUCCUGAGUACCUCUUGAA